AUGAGCAACCACUCCACCACUAGCAAACAAACCGCCAAGCGAGUCCGCUUCCAACAGGCUCCUCAAGUGCUGGGCAACGCCCUUCCUCUUCCCGACAACUACUUUUACUCGGCUCAGGAGUUUCACAUGAUGCAACAGGAAAUCAGUUUUGCCGUUCGCCGCGUCAAGAAGGAUAUCCCAUUGCCACGAGAUUUUUCCUUGCGGGGUCUGGAAGAUCAUUUGAGCGAAGGAGGGUUCGAUGCCAAUGAAGAACGCAUCUUUGAGUUUGUCCAAGAAGUCCUCGCUCGCUUCUACGACUUGCAAGAUUGGUCAGAAGACGGAGAAGAUGCCGACGAAACACUCCGCAAGUUCUCUGCAUCGCACAGCAAGGGAAACCGCGUGGAAUGCUUGCGCCGGGGAAAACAGGAUGCCAAGAUUGCUCGACAAAUCUACGAACGGGAUGGAGUCAAACUCAUUCGGACCAAGAGCAAGGAACAAGUGGCUGCCGAACAACAGCAAGCUCAAAAGAAGAAGAAGAAGGUUUCACGGAACAAGUCCUUCGAUUUUGUAAAGACAUUUGUCAAGGGAUUCAAACCCAAGUCCAAGGGAGCUAUUGCUCGUGUGGCCUAAGGGGGGAACAAAAGGAAUUGAAUCCCGGGGGGUCUUUACAUGUAACAGCAUAACCAAUGAUAGAAUCGAAUCAAUCUUAUCCAACUACCCUGCCUACUAGCCAGUUCGACAAUCCAUCCAUCCAGCC